GACGACGACCGGCCUGAAGCCAGCCGUGCAAGCCGCGGCCAUUGGAGCUCACUGCUCGUCAGUCGACGUCACACAUCCGCCUGGGUGAACUCCGAUGACGAGCAUCGGCCCAGGUUUGCCAAGGUCCCGACAGAGGAGGCAAUCAACAUCAUUGCCGGCCGCCUCUACAGCAGGAUCUCGGCCCGGGCCGCUCGGAGAAUCGUGAAACUCCACAGCUCCCUGAAGACGGAAGAAGAGAGGGCCGCUGUGCUGGCAGCCAUCAAAGCUCGACAGUCGUCUGCUACUGCCCAUGCCCAGCGGAAUGCUGGCGCAGGUGCCAAAAUCCCGGGCAGCGUUGAGCAGCGGCUGCCCUUCGCUGUACUCCUCGACUGGUGUUUCCGUGUGGUGCAGGACCCUUUGGCCAUUCCAUAUGCCUUGGCCGUCGAGCGCUUCUGUCCUCGGGAGUCCUCCGCGGACGACAACCCCGAGAACUUCGAGGUCGACGACGCAAAGACCUUCCGACUUAGCCACACGAUGCCAGCAUCGAUGUCGGUGGAGGACGACCAUGAGACCGAAGCUGCACAGCACAUGCCCACAAGGGCAGACGUGAUCGCAUGCAGGUAUGUCUACACUUUCGCCUCCCAGCAGAGCUUCUUCUUGCUCACGCCCGAGGAGCUGGAUUCAGAAAUGACCCGCGCUGGACACACGGAUGUCGAAUUUGCCGUGAAGCUGCAGGCUGCAUGCGUCCAAGCCGAAGACAUCCGAAGCAAAACGCGGAAGCCAUCGUUCAUGCGCUUCCUGAAGCUACUCUAUCCGUGGGCCAUGCCCAAGCACCUGCGGAUGUUCGACAGGUGGUGCCAACAGUAUGACGAUCUGCAGAACAAGAAAGUGCAGCUUCGCUCUGACAAGAGCGACUUGGCCGACUUCCAGCGGUGCAUGAAGGUCUAUAGCAGCCAGCCGGUGAUCCCUCAGGCGGAGCUGGAGAACAUUAUCAAGGAUUUCGAACGACUAGAUCUGCAGCAUCGGGGGUACAUCGAAGUUGCAGAGCUGGAACGCAUGCUUCAGUCUCGCCAAGAAGAGGGCACCUUGAACUCCUUGGUCCGCUCCUUCGACGCCUCGGGAGAUGGCGUCAUUGAUCAGGCGGAGUUCAUACAGAUGAUGUGCCCCGUGGGCUACCGACUCGACGGGGUGGCGGACGAAGUGAGCCAGACGUUGGCAGAGUUUCUCCAGGCAUAUGUGGAGGAGGAGCAGAGGCACGUUACCCUGGAAGAGGAUCGCUUUGAGCACGGUGCCCACAGGCUACGGGCCAACAGCGUAUCUUUGCAUGCGGCGCUGCCCAUCGCCCCCCAGGGUGAGUGGGAGAAGUGGAACUCCUUCUUCGAUCGGGUGGACCAAGACGAAGAUGGCUUCAUCUCAGGGGAGGAACUGCGAGCUUGCAGCAAGGCCCUCCAUUCCGGCAGCGCUU